CAUGAUUGGAUUGCUCUAGUAUAGUUGCACUGCUAUCUAGCUAGUGUAACACUUCAGUUUAUUUGUGAGACGGAGCUAAUAUAUAUUUUCCAGUGUGAAAGAAAUCUCUAUACAAUAUUCGUUGCAAUAUAAGAACUUAUACGGCUUACUGAACAAACUUUUAUGGAGCGGCAUUUUCAUUAUACAUUCACUGUUUAAUCCUGUUUAGGUAUACAACUGUUCUGAAUAAGUUCUGUGCGAAAUGGCAAGGUCCAUUUUUGCUCUGACUGCAGUCGUCUUGGCUCUGAGUUUUUCUGCUCAAGCUCAAGCUCAAGACGUGGGCUCCAUGUUCUGCGACUAUGGGUUGUACAUGUGCCCUGAUAUGUAUGGAUCUUCCAACGUCUCUUGUAUCAACUAUACUCUUGUGUGUGACGGAACAGUACAUUGUUACGGUGGACGAGACGAAUCGCUUUGCGGCAACUGCAGCAGUGGUUAUAUCCAGUGUCCCAACACGGAUACUUGUAUCAGCAACACUCAAGCCUGCGAUGGCGUCGUUGACUGCACGUUGGACGAUGCUGACGAGACAGUUCGUGCAUGCGGUUGCGUGAAUGAUAACCAGGUCCCUGUGUGCGGGAGAAGUAUGAAUGACACCACGAGGUAUUGCCUCAAUGAGACGCUGGUCUGUGAUGGGAUUAGCCACUGUAUGUAUGGUGAGGAUGAGAGCUCGCAAUACUGUGGUCAAGAAUGUGAAGGGGAUCUUCUCUCGUGUUUUGACAACGGGACGUGCUAUGAAGUAUACGAAAUGUGCAACGGUGCCUUCGAAUGUCCAAAUGGUUUUGACGAAGGAAAUUGCAGUGAUUCGGCUGCGGACCGAUUCUGCCCAUAUGCCACCUACAAUUGUCCAAACCUGGAUGGCAACGGCGGUCGGACGUGCAUCAACUACACUCGUGUCUGUGAUGGUACCAAUGACUGCUACAAUGGAACUGACGAAGCAUUUUGUGGAGACUGUCCCAUGGAUAGCAUAGCAUGUGCAAGUAACUCGUCCAUUUGCGUUGAAAACACUCGUACCUGCGAUGGGAUCCAAGAUUGCCCUGAUGGCUGUGAUGAAAGCAUCACUGCCUGUGGUUGCAGUGACUCUGCCCAAAUCCCCGUGUGUCGAGAUGGCAACGGCAAUCCCUACUGUGUCAAUAGAACAGCAUUAUGCGAUGGCAUGUCUGAUUGUAUGAAUGGGGAAGACGAACAGUUCCCGUAUUGUCCUACAGCAACGACUCCUCCACCAACAACCAACCCACCUGUGUCCUGUCCUACUGGUUACGUGCCGUGUGCUACUUUCUCUAAUUCUGGUCCUCCUUGCAUCAACAACUCGCUGGUGUGUAAUAGCUUCAGUGACUGUGCCGACCAAUCAGACGAGUUCUACUGCAAUGGUUGUCCUACUGGUGAGCUGAUGUGUCAAGGACUCAACUUUACCCAAUGCGUGGCUAACACCUACUUGUGCGAUGGAGACAAUAACUGCCCUAACGGGUUUGACGAGUCUAUCUGCACUACAGACAAUAUCAUGCCCACUGGCACACCCACUGGCACACCCACUUUUGCCUGUCCUACUGGUUACGUGGCGUGUGCUACUUUCUCUAAUUCUGGUUCUCCUUGCAUCAACAACUCGCUGGUGUGUAAUAGCUACAUUGACUGUGCCGACCAAUCAGACGAGUUCUACUGCAAUGAUUGUCCCACUGAUGAGCUGAUGUGUCAAGGACUCAACUUUACCCAAUGCGUGCCUAACACCUACUUGUGCGAUGGAAACAAUAACUGCCCUAACGGGUUUGACGAGUCUAUCUGCACUAUAGAUAUCACCACACCCACUGGAAUGCCCACUGGCCCACCCAUUGGUGGCCCUUGUCCAAAUGGAAGUCUACCCUGUGGUUUCAACUUCUCAAACUGCUGGGUCCCGGAGCAAGCCUGUGACGGUGUCAAUGAUUGCGGGGACGAGCUUGCUUACGACGAGAUACCUGGUUUUGUGGAGUUGUCAGGAGAAUCUUGUAUCACUGAUGGAGGAUCUGGAUCUGGAUUUUUGGGUGGAACAAACGAUUUGGUCAUUGGUUUGCUAGCCCCGCCUUUCUUUGAUGGUUUGAUACCGUUUUCGGAGUUUGGAGGAUCUUUUUCAUUCUGCAUUGUCCGAGGGGGGGUUUCGUCUAGCGACGAGUUCAAUGUUACCGUGACAACUACUGAUGUAAAUGCAGUUGCCGGCUAUGAUUACGAGGAUGCCACUCAAACUCUGUAUUUUGGUAGUCAAGACAGCAUAAUGUGUAUCAACGUGACAAUCAUUGAAGAUGAUUUGAUUGAAUCGACCGAGAACUUUACGAUAUCUCUGUCUGUCAGUGCUGACGUCAACUACACCUUCAUUGGCCCAACGGAAGCUACUGUUGUCAUUCUAGAUUUUAACGGUAUUGGAUUUGAUUUGGUUACCAGCAACGUGACGGAAAGUGACAAUGCAACAUUUGAGUUGUGCAUCACCUUGACGGACAUAAGAGGGGGUCUGGAGCGUAAUGUCACUUUGGAAAUAAGACAAAUAGAUUUCGGCCUCCCUACAGGAGCUCAAAACGGAGUGGACUUCACUAUUACAAACCCUUUCAUCACUAUCCCGCGAACGGCCGAGAAUGGAACAAAGAUGUGCUUCACUUUUGCCAACGUGAUUAACGACGAGAGAAUUGAAGAUACCGAAAGAGCUAUAUUUUUUCUCACCUCCAACAACUUUGCAGAUGUGUCUCGAGACACUAGCUUUACUAUCGAAAUCAUUGACAAUGAUUUUGUCCAGUUUGAGCUCUUAAAUGCCACUGAGGUUCAAGUUGAAGAAGAUCGUUCUAUAAGUUUGUGUUUGGCUCCUGUUGGGAACGUCUCGGCAUACUACGAUCGAUUACUGCCCUACAUCACUGUCAUCUUCAACGUGACGUCAGAGACAGCUGAUAAUGGAGACUAUUACACUGGAUCUGUAUAUCAGUUGUUUGAUGUUCGAAGCAGCGAUAUCGUCUGCGUUAUGAUAAUCACUAGAGAAGACAGCCAAAUUGAGAACACAGAGACGUUGAGAGUAACAGCAAUAAUAUCUGAUCCAGAUGUAGUUGUCGGACCAUCGCAAGUCAGAGUGUACAUCUUGGACAGAGACUCCGCUGAGUUUGAGUCAUCAUCCUUCAUGCCGCACAUUGCCAUGCGUGAGGCGGACUGGUAUCUAGGGGCACCACCUCGUAGCUUCUGCUUCGCUCCGACCCCCCUCACCAGAGUUUUCCUGCAAAGAGAUGUGACUCUGACAUUCACACCAAGCAGUCUGGGAGCAAUGAGAGGCGAGGAUUUCAUGAUUAAUGACACAGAGGUGACCUUCUAUCACCAAGGCGACAUGAUGGAGGUUUGUCUGGAGCUGGUUAUUGUUAACGACUUGUUUAUUGAAGAUCUCGAGAGAUUCACAAUUGACGUUGUCCCUAACAACCCGUACGAUCGCAUCCUUGGGAACAACCGAACAGAGAUCUCUAUAGAAGAUAAUGACUUUGCCGAAUUUGUGUCACCGUUUAAUGCGAUGAUAGCCAUGCGUGAAUCUGAUUGGUUCCCUGAGAAGGAACCACGGUCGUUUUGCCUCGUUCCAACCAACAGAACAAGAGACUACCUGCGGAGAAGCGUUGCGGUGACCUUUACACCUAGCACGUUGGGAGCAAUGAUGGGCGAGGACUUCAUGCUGUACGGAACAAUGCAGACCUUCUAUCAAGACAACACUUCAGUUUGCCUGCAGCUGCGUAUCAUCAACGACCGUCGUAUUGAAUACACCGAGAGCUUUGCCAUCGAAAUCUCAUUGGAUAACCCUGACGACUCUAUCGUGGGCGUGAAUAGAACAGAAAUCUCCAUUGCCGAUGACGACUUUGUUGUGAUCGAGUUGGAGCUGGUCGCUAACGAUGGCUAUGUGUCGGAGGGAGUGGACAAUUUCAACGUAUCGGAGGGAGACACUUUCAACGUGAACCUCGUACUGGUAGAUGUAAUGGAUGGACUGGAAACAGACGUGGAAGUCAAUGUAACCGUUGGAGUCAAUUCGCUUGUAGUGAGGAGACAUGUUGAAGUCUAUGCAAGUUCUAACGAGUUUUCUCCUUUCGGGGUUCAAAUACUGACCAUACCAAGCUCUUCAAUGAACGGAAGUGUAGUUUCUCUGACGGUAACUGUAGUCGAUGAUGAGAUAGUCGAGAAUGACGAGGGACUAAGGAUUAGUGUUAACCCUGGCAACCAGUAUCAGGUGACUAACGAACAAGCUGGAACUGUGGUCCUCACCAUUAUGGAUAAUGACGGUGUUUCUCUGUUCUUGUCGACCAAUGAGAUUAUGAGCCUCGAGGGUGGUGAGAUCAGUGUCGCCGUGUACGUGGACAUGGAGUCACCAGUACGUAACAGAGACGUACAAGUGAACGUUACCAUCGACUACAACAAUGCUGAUGCAAACGACACUGGUAAUUUCAGUCAAGUUCUUGUCUUCACUCCUGAUAUCAAUGUCAUCACUGUCACUAUCCCCGUUGUCGCCGACAACAUUGUUGGAUCUGAUAAGAUGUUCACGGUGAACUUCAACCCUACAAAUAGUCUCGACACUUUCAUCGAUGGCUCUAAUAGCGUUUCCGUGACGAUUAUUGAGAGUGCCAAUCUGACGCUGACCCAGAGGAACAUGAUGGGCAUGGAAGGGGACGUGGUUGAGGUGUGUGUAGCACACGCCCACACACUCGAGGAUAGCGUCUCAGUGCUGCUCACUCUGAUAACAGGCACUGCUGAAGAGGCGGACUUUGCCUUUUAUGCCACGAUGGAGCGCAGCUAUACCGUCACCUUUAACAACAUAACGUCCAACCAGAUUUGUGUAAAUGUAUCCCUGAUUGAUGAUGACAUCGCUGAGAAUUCAGAGUCGUUUGUAGUUGUCUUGACAGCCAUCGAUACAGAUGACACUAUUGGGAUCAACAGUACAAAUAUAACCAUUGCCGACAAUGAUGGUGUCAUGUUCAGCUCACCAGAUGUGGUGGCCACUGAGACGAACGAUGACCAAAAUGUACUCGUGUGUGUUAUCAUGACUCCACCUGCCGGAGGUCUGGAUAGAAAUGCAGCAGUUUCAGAUGGAGAGUCUGGAGUUACACUGACAUUCUCACCAACUAAUGUGGAACAGACACAGUGCGUUAAUGUCACCGUUUUCGGGGACAGAAUAGUGGAAAGCAACGAAACCGUGAAUGUUACUUUCCACAUUCAAUACCCUCUGGAUAGUAUGAAUGGUAGUCUUUACUUCUCAGCAAACAUCAUCAUUGUGGACGAUGAUGGUGCCACUGUUAGCUUCACUAUUCCGAGCCAAGAUGCAAAUGAGGACGCUGGUAAUGUGAGUGUGUGUGUCACGCUAGUUGACGUCGAUGGUGGUCUCAAUAGGACUGUACCGUACACCAUCACAUCAGACAUGAGAAAUAUAUGGAACGAUGAAUUUCCUGGAAAUUCAUCGGCUGGUCAGGAGAAAUGCAUCACUGUGUACAUUGAAGAAGAUCAAAUCGUUGAAGAUCCCGAAAUCAGGGUAUUCACGCUGGCUGUUGUCAAUGGCAACGAUCUCCUUGGAGACAUCGUAACACACAAUGUGACAGAGAUUGAUAAUGAUGGUGUUUCCAUCACCCUGAUGCCCAUUGGUGAGGUCAUGGAGAACCAAACAGUUGAUAUUGAGUUCUUUGUAGAGGGUAUACUUGACAAAGACAUCACUGUAACAGUCUACAUUGAGGAAGAUACGAACGACACGAUGAUUAUCGAUGGUGAUCUGAUUGUGUCUGAUAAUGGCACAUAUACAGUCGUACUGGUUGUCAUUGGUGACAGUAUCAUCGAGAACCCAGAGACAUACACAGUUCAGAUCAGGUCUGAUAACACCUUCGAUGAGAUCGGACCAGCACAGGACUUCACCAUUAUCGAUCAAGAUGGAGCCACAAUUCAACUAGACCUUAUCAGUGACAUCACUGAAACUGAUGAAGAUGUCAACAUCACCGUCUCAUUCUCAGUGAUGGGAGUGUUUGAGAGGCCAUCGACCGUGACCGUCGGCUUGGUUCCAGUGGAUACCAACGAUGUCAGGAUUGUCAAUAAUGUUAUAACAGUUGCUGAAAGCGGAGGGUACACCGUAACCAUGGUGAUAGUGGGAGAUGUACUGAUUGAGAACACUGAAGACUUCCGAUUGAUGUUUGUAUCCGACAAUGACAACGAUGUCUUCUAUCAAGGUCUCGGUCCCGAGAUGAUUGAAGAUGGUAACCUGAGUUUCAGUGUGAUGGACAAUGACGGUGCUAUCUUUACCCUGGCCACUAUCAGUGAUGUCACUGAGACUGAUGUUGAUAUCACCAUUCCCGUCAACUUCACUGUGACAGGGCUGUUUGAGAGAAACUCGACCGUGACAGUCCGACUAGCUCUGGACACGAAUGAUGUCAUUAUUGCCAAUGGAGAGGUAACUGUUUCUGUUGCCGGGGACUAUUAUGUCGAACUGGUUGUCGUUGGCGAUGAGAUCGUAGAGAGUGAUGAAACCUUCACAGUGGAGAUAGCCGUGUCUAAUCCACUGGACACCACUCCUGGUCCCACGCAGACAUUCACUGUAUCCGAUGACGAUGGUGCUGUCAUCACACUGAUGGCUAUUGGUAACGUCAUGGAGGACCAAACAGUUGAUGUUAUGUUCUCCGUGGAGGGUACACUUGAGAAGAACAUCACUGUAACAGUCAGCAUUAUUGGAGGUGAUACAAACGACGCCAUGAUCAUGGAUGGUGUAUUUAUCGUGUCCGCCAGCGGAUUAUAUACAGUCGUACUGGUUGUCAUUGGUGACGCUAUCAUCGAGAACCCAGAGACAUACACAGUUCAGAUCAGCUCUGAUAACACCUUCGAUGAGAUUGGACCAGCACAGAACUUCACCAUUAUCGAUCAAGACGGAGCAACAAUUACAUUAAGCCCUAUCGACGUCAUCACUGAAACUGAUGAAGAUGUCAACAUCACCGUGUCCUUCUCAGUGAUGGGAACGUUUGAGAGGCCAUCGACCGUGACCGUCAGUUUGACACAAUCGGGUGUUUCUGAAUCGGAUAUAAACGAUGUCAGGAUUGUCUACGACGUUAUCAAUGUUGCUCAAAGUGGAGAGUACACUGUAACCAUGGUGAUAGUGGGAGAUGUACUGAUUGAGAAUACGGAACAGUUCCGAUUGAUAUUUGUAUCCGACAAUGACAACGAUGUCUUCUAUCAAGGUCUCGGUCCCGAGAUGAUUGAAAAUGGUAGCCUGAGUUUCAGUGUGAUGGACAAUGACGGUGCUAUCUUUACACUGGGUGAAUUCGAAGUUGCCGAGGAGACUGACGUUGAUAUCACCAUUCCCGUCAACUUCGCUGUGACAGGGCAAUUUGAGAGAAUGUCGACCGUGACAGUCAAACUAGCUCUGGACACGAGUGAUGUCAUGAUUACCAAUGGAGAGGUAACUGUUUCUGUUGCCGGGGACUACUCUGUCAACCUGGUUGUCGUUGGCGAUCAAUUCGUAGAGGGUAGCGAAACUUUCACAGUGGAGAUAGUCGUGUCUAAUCCACUGGACAUUUCUGGUCCCUCACAGAUACUCACCGUAUCCGAUGACGAUGGUGCUAUUGUUCUCUUGGAGACAACGAUGGUUGAUCUGGCUAAGGGAGAUGCAGUGAGAAACACUACUCAAGUGUGUCUGAGCGUUACUUCUGAUCUUGGUCUGCUUGAAAGAAAUGUGACUAUAUCAACAAGUGUUGAUGAAUCUGGUUUAACUGUUGACAGUGAGCUCGCCAUUACCAUGGAAACAGGGAGGGUGUGCUUUGAAGUAUCUGUCAUUGACGAUGGAGAGGUCCUAAAUUCAGUCCUCUCUUUCCAAAUCACCUUCUCUCUAAGAUGGCCGGUUGAUAACUUUGAGCAAUUCUUCAUCACUACCAUUUAUGUCACACCGCUGGUCACUGAUGUCAACUACACUCCGUUCAUUGAUCUCGCUGAGGACGAUGGCGUGAAACUACAGCGCCUGACCAACACCGACGAUGGCUGCUCCAGCCUCAUCUACAUCAACAGUGGUCUUCCCUACGGUUCUAAGAGCGAGACGUCACUCAGGGUUUGUGCCAAUGGAGCCAUCUCAAUUGGCACUGAACAUUUCAAUUUCUUUUCUCCGAGUCGAUUCCCAAGCUCUUCGAGUCAAAUCAGUUCCUCUAACGUCUUGGCCCCGUACUGGAAUGACCACGACUUGCGUGGGGAUGGGAGUUCUAUAAACUACAAGGUCUACACCCGAGAGCAGGGCAGUCGGGUCAGUGAUGCAAAACUAGAUGCUAUCAGUCGUUUGAUUUCAAAUAAAGAAGAACUCAGUUUCAGUGGAAUAUGGAUGCUUGUAGCCGAAUGGAACGGUGCACCUGCCUAUCCGUUUAAUACUGACAAACCUCCACGAAAUACGUACCAAGCCGUAGUGGUUACGGAUGGUACUCAGACGUUUGCCGUGUACACUUACAACUGCGAGCAACUGGAAUGGGAAAGCGGACAAGGUAGCAGCGUGUACUCCGUUAUCGGCUACAAUAUUAAUGAUGGAAAUUCACUCUUCUCAUCAGUCAAUCCAUUUAUGAAUCAUCCGUUAAGCAGGUCCAAAGGUGUCCGAUCGGUAGCAUGUAUGAACAAUCCCCUCCGUGUGGAGUGGUCGAACCUCGUGUAUCUAGUCGGUAACGACACGGGAGCUGGUCAGCUUGCUAGGGCAAACUGCAUCAACAGAGCUAAUAAAGAUCAAAGCUCGUUUCAGGCGAAGUCAUUUAACAGUCAACCGUGUCCCUGCUCCUUUGCUCAAGCGGGGCGUGAUAAUCGUUAUAGAUUCGCCCGUAAUACUUUAUUCUUCAUCACUAGAGAUACUAGUUUCUUUGAUAAUUUCUGUUACGUACAGCGUUUCCGUUCCACCAAUGGUGUUCAACUCUGCUGCUAUAGUCGACAGUCUGGAGCGUUGCUAGGAGACCGUACAUCUGGCAGCGAUGCAAGUAGUAGCUCUCUUCUGCGAUUCAAUCCAUUUUCUCAGCAAUCGGAUUAUCUAGAGUUCGACUACAAUUUCCAAGAGAGCUGCUGUAAGAACAGUGACAUGUGUCAAGAGUACACACGUCUGCGCCCCAGUCAUGACUGUAGCUCGUAUAGGCCUCAACGGAGAGGAUGGUUUUGGGGUGACCCUCACGUCACUACCCUUGAUGGGGAUGUGUUCACCUUCAAUGGCUGGGGGGAGUACAGCCUCCUCGAGUUUACUACCGACACGACCGCCUUCACAUUUCAGGGACGAACAGGCAAUGUCAGUGACUCUGAACGCUCUGCUACAAAACUGAUAGCUUUCGCUUUUGGUGUGAGCACCGAGAUGCGCGUUCAGGUGGACGUAAAUGGCGAUACUGGACUCACGGUGUUAUUUAAUGGAGACGACAUAUCAGCAAAUGUGUCAAACACGAAUGAUAGUUUCACAAUCGAUCAGCUGUCCGUUUCCAGGGAAAGCGAAAAUUCCUUGACAACUAGUUUUGAAAACGGGAUUGGGGUCACUAUUACGGCUUCGUUUGAAAUGUUGUCCUUUGUACUGUCAAUGCCAGAGGAAUUCCAGAACGUGACCCGAGGGCUAAUGGGAAAUUAUAACGGAGAUCCUACGGACGACAUCGUGUUUAGGAACGGAGAUAUGCUCUCUGGAAACGUGUCUGACAGGAUGAUACAUGACUUCGGACAAUCAUGGGAGAUCAGUGCACAAGAUUCCUUCUUCACAUACCCUGAGGGAAUGUCUGCAGCUGACUAUUCUUUUCCCAAUCACGAGCCCAUAUUUGCGGAUGAAGCGGCGGACAGUGUUCCACAAGAUGUGCUCGAUGCUUGCGGUGAUAAUCAAGAGUGUAUCUUUGACGCUAUUCAGACUGGAAACCUGGAAAUUGGCAUGGAAACCUUGACUACGAACAAUGGGAAUAUUGAUGAUCAGAAUCAAGCAAGCAACAGCCCCCCACUAAUCACGGGACCAAACAUGCUCCGUCUUGAUGUGGGCGUCAUGGCAAUCCUCCGUUUCAACGUAUCGGAUGAUAAAAACAUGUUCAACGUCACGGUUGUCGGCGGUCUACCAGAAAACUCACAGCUAACACCGACUGUUAUGGAUGGGUACACGGACUACGAGUUCGACUGGACACUAUCGACUGUGGAGUCAGCGAGAUCGAUCAUGUUUGAGGCCAGAGAUGAACUUAAUGCGAGUGCCGUACUGAAUGUGCAAGUGCAGACCUGUGCCUGUAUGAAUAGCAGUGACUGCACUAUUGAGGGCAUCGCUGACACAACUGCUAGUAGCAUUGUUCUCAACUGUGAAUGCUCAGAAGCCUGGAUGGGAGAGUUCUGUGAAGAGGACGUCGAUGGUUGCAUGGAGUUCAUGUGUUUUGAUGAUGUGGCUUGUACCGACGUACCGGCUCCAGGAGUGGGGGCGGCGUGUGGAAUGUGCCCUGAUGGAUACGUGGGCGACGGAGAGAAGUGUGAAGAUAUCAACGAGUGUACGAACGGUACGCAUGGAUGCUCUCAGAUCUGUAACAACGUUCAGGGCUCCUUUGAGUGUCUGUGUAAUGAAGGUUACAGGCUCGCCAAUGCAACAUACUGUGAGGAUAUCAAUGAGUGUGACAUGUUGAAUGGUCGCUGUCACCAAAACUGUACUAACAACGAUGGUGGUCACAGCUGCAGCUGUUUCGAGGGUUACGAGCUGAGCAACGACAAUCUAACAUGUACAGUGCUACCAACUUUCGUGUGCCCAGUCAACAACACCUGCUCACAGAACUGUGUAAGUCUCUUAGGAGUGGAGACUUGUAGCUGUAACCAAGGCUACCAGCUCGCCACGAACAACCAAACUUGCUCGGAUGUGGACGAGUGCCUGGAAGGUCCCUGUGGGCAAGGAUGUAACAAUACAGAUGGAGGCUUUGUAUGUUACUGCAGAGACGGCUAUACACUGCAACCGGAUGAAACAACAUGCAUGGACAUUAAUGAAUGCCUGGUGUCGGCUAUGAGUGGUGUUACUCUGUGUACCUCUCCCAUGUUCUGUGUUAACAUGCCUGGGGAUGCGGGGAAGUACUCCUGUCAGUGUCCGGAGGGAACUAUACAAGCCGGAAACACGUGUGUCAUGCCGACCACGCCCCCACCUACUAUCGUUGUGCCAACAGGCACAGUUCCAUCUGCGUUCAGAGAUAAUGCCGUUGUCAUCACACUUGAUGGCCGAACAGCUGAAGAGUUUGAUGAGACCCAAAGACAGAUGUUCCGAGUCUCAACUGCAAACGCUAUCAACGCGUACUGCAGAGAGAAUCCCUGUACUUUUAGCAGAAAGAGACAAGCAGCCACGGUAACAGCAGAUGAUGUAAUAAUCGAAAACGUGCGUGACAAUAACGCUGGCCACUUGACCUUUGACAUGUACGUCCAGAGUGGUGGUUCCGCUGCACUGCCUGCAUCAGCUGUACAAGAGGCCAUCGAGGAAAACCCCAAUUUCUUCCCGGGCCAGAUGGUGAUGGUGGAACCCCUCGAAGCUCCGCCCACUACCAUGCUCCCCAUACCAGUGGGUCUGAGCACGGCCGAGAUCAUCGGGAUAGCUGUUGGGUGUGCUGUGGGAGGCAUUCUACUCAUCGUGCUCAUCGUUGUCCUCAUUGUCUGUAUCAUCCGUUACCGUCACAAACACCAAAAAUCAGUCAACUUCAGCUACGGUAUCGAGUAUGACAAUCCAGUUGCCGAUAACGACGACGACAUCGAACCAGCCAACACUCGUCCUAUGAAUGGGGUUGAAAUAACAGUUGCUGCUCCUGACAUCUACGUCAAUCCUGGAGACCUGAGUGAACAAGCUGAAGAAGAGCCCAAGGCAAAAGAAGCAGCUGUUACUGACGAGAUAGCUGAGAGAGACGAGGGUGCAUCAAAUUCAGACCGCUCAAUGCAGAGCUUGAUUCUCAAGUUCGGAGAUGAUGAUGAUAAUGCCAGUCAGCAUUCUACCGAGAAAGAAGAGCUCACUUCUCUCUGAACAAACUGAACUAACUGAUAAUAAUUAUGUGACUCAGUUUUUUAGCGGAAUAUUUUAGAAGGUAGAAGUAUAAUUCGAUUCAUUUUAAGCUGAUUUAUUUUAUUUGCUUUUGUCAUUAAUAUCAAACUAUAUAAUUAUCCUUGUGUUUUGA